AGUGCGAUCGCAGACAUUGUGCAAAACGGUUCAGAGUUCUCUCCUCGCGACUGCAGGUGAUCGAGUGUUUAUUUGUGGGAGUGCACUCAAAAAAAGCCUAAGCAAGCCGAGCAACUGGAGUUAGAGCGAAGCCCCAGGGAGUCACGUCCUGCGAUCCCCUUUUGAAGUCGAGUGAACUAAGCAUUUGAGCUUUAUCAAUUUCGAGCGUUUCUGCGGAGGCUCGACGCACAUACACACACGGCCAAUCGGAACUAGAUUUGUAGCGAGGGUCGCACCAUGGAUAGCGUCAAGUCAUUCUUCGCCGGCUCCACCAAGGAUGGCAGCGUGUCCAGCAACAGGCAGGCCAAUGUGCCCGGCUCCUCAGUCGCCAGCCGCUGGGGUCGCAGCUGGAGCACCAGCUCCCAGCACACGGAUCCCGAGCCAGGAGCCACCAGCUCCGUCGCCAGCAAGAGCGGCAAUCCGUGCGAUGCGAAGCGCAAGGACAGUGACAACUACUUCUACAUCAUGUGGCGCGCUUGAAGAUUACCAGACGAUUGUGGAUCGGAGCACCAGUCGGAUGAGUCGCGAUCCGUGUCUAAAGUGACCUGCAGCUAUAUAUAUAUCUUGUACCCUAUUAGGAACAUCGGAGCGUCGUCAUCGGCAACAACCGUCUUUUGCUUGUUGCACCAUCUCCAUUGGCCGAGUCCGGUGUUUAGUGAUACUAGUUAUU